AUGCCUCAGCUAUCGUUCAUGAGCUGGCUCAUCGGGGCACAGCGAAGGGUAAUAAGAUCAAACAGUCUGCCAUCGCGUUCAGAAUGGCUUGAGACCCUAAUCCACGACGCUCCCUACCUCAACAGCUCAAAUCCCAAUCUCUCGGACGAGUGUGCGAUCUGUUUCCGCGUCUUCACCCGGGGUCUGAACAGGUCUCGCAUACGUCUGUCGUGCGGCCAUCGACACUUCUGCCGAGCAUGUCUGAGAAAAUGGUCUUUGAGAGGCAAGACCACCUGCCCUUACUGUCGCGAGGAAUUGUGGUAUCCGCAUCCUCCAUUCGAAAGCUCCGACAGACCAACGACUAGAGGACUGAAUGCAGUCGCCGCAAUGGCCUCCUCUCCGUCAGACCUGCAAGACUGGACUGGACUGACAUCGCAUGCGCCAACGACACCCUCGGCUUCCAGGCGUAGAUUUAAUUCCCAAGCUUCUAUGCCCUGGUUAACGGCACGCAGAGUCCCCAUCCGUCAAAUUCCGAUCCCUGCAUGGGCUGUCCGCGAAGACCUCGACGCAACAGAACCGCAGGCUUCAGUAGUUGUACUAGUCAACCACUUCAACCGUGUAGCAGCAGGGGCUACGCAAACGCCUACAGAUGGUACAUCUCGCGAUCCCGCGACUAGGUCACGAACUCAGAUGCGCCAUCCAUUCAGCGACCCUUUGAGAGACUGA